AUGGUUACCCCUAAACGCGACGCUGCUGCCAACCAACUCCUCGAAUUCUCCAAAGAACACGAAGAUGAUAACGUGUCCGUAACCACAACGUAUGGAGUACCUAUUGGUAAAAAAGAUGCCAGUUUGACGGUAGGAUAUCACGGACCCAUCCUGCUGCAAGAUACGGUGCUUAUAGAUGAAUUGUCGCAUUUCAGCAGAGAAAGGAUACCGGAGAGAGUUGUGCAUGCUAAAGGAGCUGGUGCCUUUGGAUACUUUGAAGUUACCCACGAUAUCACCCAGUACACGGCUGCAUGCGUUUUUUCGCAAAUUGGGAAGAAAACGCCGAUUGCUGUGAGAUUUUCUCAGGUGGCUGGAGAACUAGGUUACCCCGAUACUGUUAGAGAUGUCAGAGGAUUUGCAAUUAAGUUCUACACUGAAGACGGCAUAUGGGAUCUGGUAGGGAACAACCAACCUACCUUUUUCGUAAAGGAUUGUAUAUUGUUCCCUAGUUUCAUACAUACUCUAAAGAGGAACCCUAAAACUCAUUUGAGGCCUGAUUACGACAUGUUCUGGGACUUCGUUACACUGCGACAGGAGACAAUGCAUACGUCAGUGAUAUUUUUUUCUGAUAGGGGCAUCCCGGCAAGUUACAGAAAAAUGCAUGGCUACGGAGUGAACACUUUUGCUUUUGUUAACAAUCAGGGACAGUUCUCUUACUGCAAAUUCCACUACAGGACCAAUCAAGGCAUAUCCAACUUAUCAUCGGAACAGGCGCAAAAAAUCGCCGGAAUAGACACGGAUUAUCAUACAAGAGACCUUUACGACGCUAUAGCGAACGGCGAUUAUCCCUCUUGGGACUUCUACAUUCAAAUUAUGACGCCGGAGCAAGCUGCGAAGAAUCCUUACGAUCCUUUCGACGAUACGAAGGUGUGGCUUCACGCUGAUUACCCCCUGAUACCGGUAGGGAGGUUCGUUUUGAACAGAAACCCCAAUAACUACUUCGCCGAGGUGGAGCAGAUCGGCUUCGAUGUCGCUCACUUGAUUCCAGGCAUUGAACCAUCUCCUGACAGAAUGCUGCAAGGUCGUCUCUUCAACUACGGGGAUACUCAUCGCUACCGUUUGGGAGCCAACAACCUCCAACUGGCAGUAAACGCUCCCUUUAAUUUCCACUCAUACACGAGAGAUGGAGAAAGCACCAUCCACAGCCAAGGGGGCGCCCCCAACUACCACCCUAACAGCUUCAAAGGGCCCGACAAUGAUCGAAGGGCUCACGCUUUGGCUCCUGUCAUACCUUUAUCCGGAGAUGCUAAGAGGUUGGACAGCGGCAAUGAUGACAAUUUCACCCAGCCCAGGCUUCUGUAUCGCAGAGUUCUGAAACCGGAUGAAAGGGGCAGGUUGAUUCAGAAUAUAGUAUCUUGGUUGAAACCUACCAAUUCUGUCAUGCAGGAAAGGGCUAUUUCUGCUUUCUCUCUGGUCGAUACGGACUUGGGUGAGAAAAUUAAAGAAGCUCUGAAUAGCUUGGUUCAACACCACGUAGUUUUGUAACCGUUACAGGUGUUUCAGAAUUAAUUCGUAGCCACCCCUUUAAAAAUUAUUAACAUAUAGAUAGUACUAAACUUAUAUACACUAUAUAUUUACUAUUCAUGUA